UAUAUGGGUCUUCAGACAAACAAAAAUCGAAGUGAUUUAGAAUGCUCUAAGUUUAUUUACAUACAUCCAGAUAGCAUGUAAUUUAUCAGGUUUUGAGAGGAGUCUUAGUUGUCAAUAAAUCAUAAUUCACUGGCCAGUUUAUUUAUCGAUAUUUUACGCUGCAGAUAUGCCUGAAAGUAAAUAAUAUUUAACAAAUGUCACAUUUCUAUGAAAAUAAAUGAUUUUUGAGGCUGUCAGCGAGCCGUGGCUUUAAUUAUUGAAGGGAGCCGGCGCUGGUGCAUGGUGCUCCCGCUGCGCCCCCUGUGGGUGCUGCCGUCAAACAAAGCGCUGCUGGUCGCUCCACUCACUCUCAGCCCAUUACUCAAGCGUGGUUUGCACAAGCGUGAAGCAUUUUGCAGCCAAAUUUACUUUAGCAAGCAAUUUGCACCAAAUUACAGCGGCACAAAGAACGCGGGGGGGGUUUGGUGCAGAGGAGAGAGAGUGAUCUCCCGAGAAACGCUUGUCACUCGGUCGAGGAGAGGUUCCUGCAACUGCUACCCCUUCUUGGUGGAGUAUUUGAGAAACUCAUUGCAACCUGAAUGGACGGGCAUGGGGGAAACAGGCUUUUACUACCCUGGGGCUGAGCGCCCGACCACAGCCUUCACCUUCUUGCUGCUUUUCAUUUCGACGUUUGCCAAUACAGGGCACUGCCAGCAGCAGUAUCAGUGCAGGAUCCAGAAGUGCACGACUGACUUUGUGGCUCUCACGUCGCAUCUGAACGCCGCUCUUAAUGCUUUCGCUUCCGAGUUCUGCAUCGCCCUGCGGGCUUAUGCCCUGUGCACGGGGCGGACGGCCAAAGCCUGCAGAGGCAACCUGGCCUUCCACUCGGCAAUGCUGGGCAUCAGCGACCUGAUGAGCCAGAGGAACUGUUCCCGCGAAGGGCCCACGUCGAUCGCAGCCCAGGACCUGGUGCCCAUCAAUCACAACAUGGGCUUCUGCGACUACGACAACCGGGGCCACCGCGCUGCAGCGGGCAUCGAGCUCCAGGCUGCCCGCCGCCGCUACGUCUUCUGCGGCUUGUUUGGCGACCCGCAUCUCAGGACUUUCAGGGAUCACUUUCAGACUUGCAAAGUGGAAGGAGCCUGGCCCCUGAUUGACAACGACUACUUGUCAGUGCAAGUAACCAAUGUCCCUGUUGUGCAGGGAUCCAGCGCUACAGCCACCAAUAAGAUAACCAUUAUAUUCAAAACCUAUCAUGACUGUACAGAUCAAAAGGUUUACCAGGCAAUGACAGAUGAUCUCCCCGCAGCGUUCAUAGACGGUACAACAGUGGGGAAUGGUUGGAUGAAGACUCUGUGGAUAGUAGAGAAAGCCAAUGGGAAACAUGUGGAGGUGCACGCAAAAUAUAUAGGAAUGACUGUCAUUGUGCGGCAAGUGGGGCGUUACUUAACAUUUGCAUUGAGGAUGCCUGAGGAAUUGGCACUGAAUGAAAAUGACAGCCAGGGACUACAGCUUUGUGCUCGUGGCUGCCCGAUGAAUGAACGCAUUGAUGAAGGUGGUCAUCUCCCUCUUCUGGCCAAUAGUCAAAACCAUCCACUUCUUCCCCAGGUCCAACCAAAAGGUGCUUACACAUUGGAACGUGCAACGGCUAAAUGCCAUGAAAAAAUCCAAGUAAAGGAUGUCUAUUUUCAUUCCUGUGUUUUUGACCUUCUGACAACAGGUGAUGUAAACUUUACAACAGCAGCUUACAGUGCCCUCCAAGACUUGGAGGCACUGCACCCGAAGAGAGAGCUGUGGCAUAUUUUCCCCAGGGGCAGCAGUGUUGCCCAGAACAACAAUGUAUUAUUUAACAUUUAUGUUGGACUGGUUUCUUUUGUUGUGAUUGUGUUUUUGUAGUUUUUUUUUAGUUUAUAAAAAUAUUAAAUAUAUAUUGUUAUAAUAUAUUCAGAAAAGUAUAUAUGUAUAUACAGUAUAUAUGAUGGGAUGGCAAUCCCAAGCAAACAUAAGAUUGUACAUAUUGUGUAAUUUGAAUUUAUUUGUAGUAUGUACUUUUUGUUGAAAGUUAUUUUGCAAGUUUGUGAGUUGAUAUCCCUACUGAAGGGUCUGUUGUUACAAAGGGCACUUUAUGUUUUGACCAAUGCUUAAAAUGGCUACCGGUAAAUGUGUUCAGAGUUACAUGGCUGUCUCUCAAAUCAGAAAGUUUGAUAUUCAGCAUCAGAAGGAUUACUAGUUGUGCUUUUUGGUUUCAAAAUGGAUAACUGUUGUAUACGCGGUGAUUGUCUAAAUAUGUAAAUAGUUAACUUAUUUAUAAACAAAAUGUCCUGCUAGAAGAACAUAGAGCAGAUUCUGUGCUAUUUCUUAUGUUCACUCUGCUGUGUUAGUGAUGCCACCUAGUGGAUUGCACUCGAGUUACUUCAGUGUUCAGGUGACCAGUGAUACUAAACCUAAUUUGUGAACUAUAAAAAAGGUCUUAAAUGCUUUUUAUAUUGUGAUGUGUUAGAUAUCCCUCCCAACCACUGCCCCACCACCCAGAAUAAUACAAAACCAGUAUUGAAUUGAAAUUCAAAAUGAAAAUCUGUCAUGGAUCUUUUAUUCCAAACUAGUCUAUGUUUCCUUAGGUAUUUCCACGAACGAUAUUUUCAAAUUUCAGCUGCUUCACAGCAAUGGACGCAUCCAGUUGUGAUAAAUCAUUACACUUGUUUGUCUUUUAAGAUUGGGCUGAUCAAGAUGUUGUUUCCAGGCUUUACACAGUCUGCGCUUAACUGUUUAGAGAAUCAUGAGCAGUAUGUGGUAGACUUCCUAGUGUCUCAUUCUUCACUGAUACUUUGAUUGUCUGAUACUGUAGAUGCAUUAUUCACCAAUAUGCUUCAAUUUUUGCAGCAUUUUCACCUGAUUCAUUAUUGCAUUGUUAGCAAACAGCGCAAUCAAAUUAUGUUAGAUUACCCUGUUGGUUUGUGGGAUUCACGAGCCAAUUCAUUUGGGAAUGGGAUCUUGCCAAGUGAAAAGCAACCACUUACAAAUUGGCAUCAUCAAAAUUUUAUAAACGGCAAACUAAUUUUCUUGCAUAUGUCUAUGCAUGGUUUAAUAAAGCUUUUACUGAGAUGGAGCCAAUUAAAAUAGACAAUAGUCAAUAGGUGCAGGAGUAGGCCAUUUGGCCCUUCGAGCCAGCACCGCCAUUCAAUGUGAUCAUGGCUGAUCAUCCCCAAUCAGUACCCCGUUCCUGCCUUCUCCCCAUAUCCCCUGACUCCGCUAUUUUUAAGAGCCCUAUCUAGCUCUCUCUUGAAAGCAUCCAGAGAACCUGCCUCCACCGCCCUCUGAGGCAGAGAAUUCCACAGACUGGUACUAAAUACAUUAAUGGCUGCUGAAUUUUCCAGUGUGCACACUCCAACCACCAGGAUUUGCCAACCCUUGGCAUCUGAAAUGCAAAACGGAUCCUCAUGAUGAUGAAGGAAUCUCCUUGUCUUACUUUAGGAAAGUCCAGCCAAAUUAUUUUAAAGAGGUUCUCAUACACGGUGUUUGAUUAGUUCCUUUCAAAUCGAGACCAAUAAACACUUGAGCAAUGACCACACCAUAAAUAUAUGCUUGCAGGGCAAAGGUAUUGAUGGGGUUUAUACAAGUUAGAAAUUAAUUGUGUUUGUUUUGUGUAGCUGCUAACUGGCCUGCCGGAAACUGCACUAUUACUGAGCAUAUUUAUCACAUCAAAAAGAUGUAUUUUCUCUUCAGAACAAUAUAUAGAAAUAUAGACCAGAUGUUGGGUCAUUCUUGAGCCCCUUUUUUUGUGGUAAAAAGCUGGUGAUGCCAGUAAGGUUAGACCAGUUUCACAAAGUAUCUUAUGUACCACCUGCUUUUGUACUUGGCUUCCAUUCCUUUUUCAUCAAACUGCAAAGUGGAAAACCUGCAAGUUUGUGUAUUUAAAGUUGAUAUUGAAAUCAAACAUGCUGAUAAACAUGCAUUAAAAUUAUGUUAGGAAGUACAAA